UUUUGCAGGGAUAGCUGGGAGUAUGGCCACCCUGCUCCACGAUGCGGUAAUGAAUCCAGCAGAAGUCGUGAAGCAGCGCAUGCAGAUGUACAACUCGCCACACCGGUCGGCCCUCAGCUGCGUCUGGACGGUGUGGAGGACCGAGGGCUUGGGGGCCUUCUACCGGAGCUACACCACUCAGCUGACCAUGAACAUUCCCUUCCAGUCCAUCCACUUCAUCACCUAUGAGUUCCUGCAGGAGCAAGUCAACCCUCACCGGGGCUACAACCCGCAGUCCCACAUCAUCUCAGGUGGGCUGGCCGGGGCCCUCGCCGCAGCCGCCACCACCCCCCUGGACGUCUGCAAGACCCUCCUCAACACGCAGGAGAACAUGGCCCUCAACCUGGCCAACAUCAGCGGCCGGCUGUCGGGCAUGGCCAACGCCUUCCGGAUGGUAUACCAGCUCAAUGGCCUGCCCGGCUACUUCAAGGGCAUGCAGGCCCGCGUCAUCUACCAGAUGCCCUCCACUGCCAUUUCCUGGUCCGUCUAUGAGUUCUUCAAGUACUUCCUCACCAAGCACAAGCUGGAGAAUCGAACUCCAUACUAAAGGAAUGGGCUGUGGGCAGUGGUUCCAGAAUCUUUUAUUUUUAAAAGGCUUUCCCUGCCUGCCUCCGUUCCCUUGUCCUCGCACCGAGGUGAUUUUGGCGGGGUGUUUGCAGGAUGGGCCCUCCGCUCCCCUGAUGCCUUAGAGGGAGGGGACAGCCGCUUACCGGAAGGCCGUCCGCAGGGACAUCCGAGGUGGUAGGUGGGGAAAGACUGGAAGGGAAGCGACAAAUGGCUUUUUGUCUCCCUUCCUCUGGCAAGAAUGUAGCUUUUCUGCCUCACUGUAGCAGUCUCCUGCCCUAGGCUCGCAGUUGGCUCGAGAGGGGAGAAAAUGUGCAGUGACUGAAAACAUUAAAGAAAAAAAAGAGAGUUCUGUAUAUAAAAGUUCCAGCACACAGUAUAAAAUAGAUGGAUAAUGUUUAUCCUUUAUUUUUCUACGUAGACCUUUUUGGAUUUGUGUGUGUG